AUGGACAAGUACCAGGACUUGGGCCUGGAGGCCAGCAAAUUCAUCGAGGACCUGAACAUGUACGAGGCCUCCAAGGACGGGCUCUUCCGAGUGGACAAGGGUGCGGGCAACAACCCGGAGUUUGAGGAGACCCGCCGGGUGUUUGCCACCAAGAUGGCCAAGAUCCACCUCCAGCAGCAGCAGCAGCAGCAGCAGCAGGAGGACACCCUGCCCCGGGCUGGCCGAGGGCCUGUCAACGGCGGGGGCCGCCCGGGCCUGCAGGCCCAUCGGGAAGCCGGUGCGGGCAGUCGGCUGACCAUGGACGGCGCUGCCAAGCCCCCUCUGGCGGCCUCGACGGCAGCUCCUGGGACAGCCACCGCUGUCGCUGCCGGGCAGCCCUCGUACCCGGCCCAGGAGCAGAAGGCCAGGCCGUACGUCCCUGCGAGGCCUGGCAGCCAGGACUGUGCUUCCAAGGAGGGCCUGGCCGCUUCCAGUUCCGAGGUGUCUGCCAGCCACGGGCUGAGCCCCUGCGAGGACCCUUCCUGCCUCACCCACGGAGACUACUAUGACAACCUCUCUGUGGCGAGCCCUAAGUGGGGUGAAGAACCUGGAGUGGCCCCCGGCAUCAGGCUGGGUGGAGGGACGGGGUGGCCGGGUGCCCCAGGCGGUGACCCGUCCCCACCCACGCCCUCCAGGGACCCUUACCUGUACCAGCCGCAGCUCUCCCCCAGCUCCCGCCCGUCGUUGGAGAGCGGCCUGGACGGUGGCGGUCACGGUCACGGCCGCGGCAGCGAGAAGCCAGCGGGUCCUUGGACCACUGCCUCCUCCCAGUGGGCGCGCCCUGGCCUUCCCUCCCCAGGCCUGGAGAACGGGGCCCUCCUGGGCCCCGCUCCACCCAGAAUCCCCUUUUCGGGGAGCUGCCCCAGUCAGGGAGCGCUUCCGAAAACAAACUCGGGGGUACGGAGCGAGGUUUCGGGCACGACGCCCAGACCGAAUGCGCAGCCUCAGUCCUGGUUCCAGGAUGGGCCCGCAUCCUACCUGUCUGGGCCCUCCUCUCUGCCCGCCAGCAUGGACCGUUUGCAGCUGGAUGCCGCCCCGAGGCUGGGUCCCAAGCCUGGCUGCGCAGACCCUGGCACUGGUCCCACGCUCGGCCCCGUCGGCCGCGUCCAUCCGGCGACGUCCACCCCACUGGAGUUAUCUUGCAAAGAAGGUCCCCCUGGCUGGCCUUCUGAGGGUGGCCUGGGGUCCGUGCUCCCCGAGAGCCCCAGCGCCCACAGGGUGAGGCUGCCCUGCCAGACCCUGGCCCCGGCUCCCGAGCUCGGGCCCUCGACCGCCGAACUGAAGUUGGAAGCCCUCACCCAGCGCCUGGAGCGGGAGAUGGAUGCUCACCCGAAGGCCGAUUACUUUGGUUCCUGCGUGAAAUGCAGCAAAGGGGUGUUUGGGGCCGGCCAGGCCUGCCAGGCCAUGGGGAACCUGUACCACGACGCCUGCUUCACCUGUGCGGCCUGCAGCCGGAAGCUGAGAGGAAAAGCCUUUUAUUUCGUCAACGGCAAAGUGUUUUGUGAAGAAGACUUCCUGUACUCCGGCUUCCAGCAGUCAGCUGACCGGUGUUUUCUGUGUGGCCACCUGAUCAUGGACAUGAUCCUGCAGGCCCUGGGGAAGUCCUACCACCCGGGCUGCUUCCGCUGUGUCGUCUGUAACGAGUGCUUGGACGGCGUGCCCUUCACCGUGGACUCGGAGAACAAGAUCUACUGUGUCCGCGAUUACCACAAGGUGCUGGCCCCCAAGUGUGCAGCCUGCGGGCUCCCCAUCCUUCCACCUGAGGGCUCAGAUGAGACCAUCCGCGUCGUGUCCAUGGACAGAGAUUACCACGUGGAGUGUUACCACUGCGAGGACUGCGGCCUGGAGCUCAACGACGAGGACGGCCACCGCUGCUACCCGCUGGCGGAUCACCUCUUCUGCCAGCCCUGCCACGUCCAGCGGCUGGAGAAAGGGCCCUCGCCCGCAGCCCUGCACCAGCAGCACCAGCAGCACCUCAUCUAG